AUGAAAGAAAAGGUUGAAGGAGAAGGAAGCAAGAAGGUUGCUGAAGCAAAAAGCAGUUACAAUCUUCAACCCUUACCAAUUAGCAACGAAGAUAUACUAUUCUGCAUUGACAUAGAUCCUGAAUCUGUCCGUCGCUUCGACGCCAUUAAACAAUCCAUCCUUCUCUUCGUCCAUGCCAAACUCACCAUCAAUCCUCGACACCGUUUUGCUUUCGCUACUCUCUCCGGUUCCGUUUCAUCGCUGAAGAAAGAGUUUAGCAGCGACAUUAACUCAGCAAUUGCAGCAACACAAGGGCUUACGGCUGCUACAUCUAGCACUCAGCCAGACCUUACAACUUUGUUCCAACUUGCUGCUCGUGAAGCUAGAAAAUCCCGUGAGCAGGGUCGCAUUUUAAGAGUGAUUUUAUUCUACUGCAGAUCGGCAGUGCGGCCGCAACAUGAGUGGCUUGUGAGCCAGAAGCUCUUCACUAUGGAUAUCUUGUACCUUCAUGACAAACCUGGACCUGACAAUUGCUUUCAAGAGGUCUAUGAUGCAUUGGUACAAACUCUUGAACAUGUUUCAAACUACCAGGGUUAUAUCUAUGCGAUUAGAUCAGCAAAGGAUCUUUACGUUCACGUGUUAAUUCUUUUGUCGCAUCCUCAGCAGCGCUGUGCCCAAAAGUACCUUCACAUACCCAAAGCACUUGAAAAGAAGGGUCGUUGA